AUGCUGCUUUUUUCGUUAUUACUUAUAAUAUGUCAGAUAUUUGUAAAUAUUAGAAUAGCGGUUGCUUCAGAAGUCAUACUAAAUGAAAUUGAUGAAACGUUCCCCGAUCCUCUAACAACUGCUAACUUCGAUGAUGAAUUGUUGAGUGGAUUACAUAUAAUAGACUUCUAUAGUCCAUACUGCUCACACUGCAAGCAUUUACAACCAGUUUGGAAUGAAACUUGGUAUAAGUUUAGAGAAGAAAGCAAAAAAUUAAAAAUCAAGUUUUCUCAAGUGAAUUGUAUUGAAAGUGGAGAUCUUUGUCACAGAGAGAAAAUUAGAGCUUAUCCCAGUAUUAAAUUAUAUAAUUCAGAAGGAUUUUUAAAGGAAUUUCCUAAAGAUAAAAGAAGAACAGUCGACAAUUUAAUAGAAUUUGCUAGAAAUGAGUCAUUAAGCUAUUCCUCAAGUAAAUUAAAUGAUAAUUUGGAUCUAUCUGAAAAAAGUGGACUAUUGAAAUCCUCCGAAAUUGUAUCAAUAUUAGCUGGGAAUUCGUCAAUACCUCACAUUGUAUCAUUUUGGCCAAAUGAUCAAUGUAUGAGUAAUGGAGGAUUGAUAAAAUAUAGUAAUCAAGAUGGUAACUGUGAACCUUUUGUAACAGCUUGGGAGGAUAUAUCUAAGAGAAUAUCAUUAAACGGCAUUCAAGCAGGACAUGUCAAUUGCGUUGAUACACCUACAUUAUGUUCAAAAAUUGGUGUAGAUAGCAUGAUUAAACCAAAUACUGAUACAAAUAUAUACCCAAAAGUUGCAUUAAUACUUCCAAAUAAAAGAACAAAUAAUAUUUUCUUUUAUACUAAAACUAUGAAUACGGUUGUAGAUGAUUACGUAGAUUUUGCAACAAGACUAUAUUCAAAUAGUCAAUUCCAGGACGUCACAUUUGAUGACAUAGAGAAAAUGGUCUUAAGAGAUGCUAAUUUUAUAGAUCCUGAGACUCGCAAUAAAAUAUAUUUGGUGUAUUCCUACGAUAAAGACACUAGCUUCGAAGAGGAUAUGAAUAUACUGGAGUACAUCCUAGAACCUUUGUCUUCAAUUGAUAACAUCUAUCUAUAUAAAACUAAUUCCAAUUUAUUUCCAUUGGUUGAUUCUACGUAUGACAGUUUUUAUAAGUCGAUUAACUAUAAUUCAACUGAACCAGAAAAAACACCAAAUGAAGAAUAUCAUGCCUUAAGUGUAAUGACCCAACAACCUACAUUUUUCAUAUUCAAAGAUGGAUCUUCUCUUCCUUACGUUUUUUCUGCACCAACUACAAUGGAAUCAAGAAAUGAAGAUAAGGUAAUUGAUUGGAUUGAAACAUAUUCUUUACCAUUUGUUAGUAAAGUGUCUGACUCCAAUUUUAAUAAAAUAAUUAAUAAGGACAUUAAUGAUUAUAACAUUCUGUCAAUACAAAUUAUUGACACAUCGAGUGAGGAAUUAAAAGCUGAAAGUAAAAAAUAUCUCGAUAAUAUGUUGAUAUCUUUUUAUGAUUUUGAAUAUGCAAGAAUGAAUUAUUCAAUAGAUAUGUUGAAUAUGAAAAGGAAAAUAAAAUCAGAUAACAUUAUGCGUUUACGUGCUAAGAAUUUACCUCCAAAAUCCAUCCAUGAUGAAAUGACUAAGCAAAUUCAAUAUAAGUCUGAGUUAGAAAUGCUACUUGCAACAUAUGAUAUAUCAAAAGGCUCUACAUUUUUGAGUUCAAUAGGAAUUGACUCUCAAACGAUGGAUUUUAAUGUUGGAGAUGUGAUCUUAAUUGAGAGAAAGUCUGGAGAUAUUUUUGUUGAUGAUAUCUAUGGGGCUCGUCUGAAAAGUAACUCGCCUUAUGUUUUACGUGAAACCUUUAAAGCUGCUUCAGGGUUCCCUCAUUAUGAGUUUCAUCCUUCAAUUAAGAAAUUAAAUACAUUUGAUUUUGCUCAUUUGAAUAAAAUCAGUCAAGGAAGUUUGAUUAAUAUUAUUUUUGCUUUAUUUUUUGUUCUAUUUGUAAUUCUUAUCUGGAUAAAGAACAAGCAUAAAUUUCUCAGAAGAUUACAUAAUAUAACCAGGGCUUCACAAAGAAACUCAGAAGGGAUUUUAGGAAACAAGGCUAGUUUUAGAGACUGA